UGGCAAUCGCACUUACCACACUGGCAGUCAGAGCACACACAGCUCCAUCCACCAGCUAUAAGACGAGCACCAGAUCCAGUGAGAGGACGUAAAGCCCAGCACUGAGCUCCAGCAUGGAUGCACUGAAGAAGGGAUUCUCCAUAGCCAAAGAGGGAGUGGUGGCCGCCGCUGAGAAAACCAAGGCCGGGGUGGAGGAGGCAGCCGCCAAAACCAAAGAGGGGGUCAUGUAUGUAGGUACAAAGACAAAGGAGGGCGUUGCUACAAGUGUAAACACAGUUGCCCAGAAAACAACUGACCAGGCAAAUCUCAUGAGUGAUACUGCUGUGGCUGGAGCCAAUGAGGUGUCAGAGAAGGCAGUGGAGGGGCUGGAGACUAUGGUCGCCUCUGCAGGCCUCGUCAAACCGGGGGUGGUGAAGCACGAGGAGCAGCCAGCAGACGCCGGGCAGUAGGCCGCCGUUGAACCGAAUGUCCCAUGAUGCUCUGCUUCUUGCCUGAGAGAAGAGUUUAUUAGCUGCUGAAUAUCAUCAUGUUAAACCUCUGAAGAACAACAAAUAAUCUUCAACUUCAGAAAACAAACACACUCGUCUCUUGCUUUCUCCUCACAAUCAGCCUUUACUUACCUCACGCGCCACAUAUAGAUAUACUGAAAUAGUAUUGUUGUGUAACACUAUCUAGCUAUGCAAUAUUAAUAAGAUAUGUAUAAUGUGCGGUUCGUGUCAUUCUCACAUUUGUGCAGAUUUCGUAUGCAUGUGCUUGUGAUUUGGAGAUUUACAUGAAGACAAAGUCGCCUUUCUUACCUGCCCUGAAACUGGAGGCUUUCUUACCUGACCAGUUUCCUCCACCCAGUGCAAUGAGGUUAGAAAGAUGAUGAUGAUGGUGAUGAGUUGGAUACUUACUGUGAGCAAAGAUACUAUAUAAAAUAUAUAAAAAAUUCCAUUUAACAAUUAUAUAAGUACUGUCAAUGUAGUAACUGUAGUAGACAGUUUGAAACAAGGAGUAUGGAAAAAAAGAUGUAAUGAUAGAUGGUCCAAAAAAGAUGAGCAACUGAUGUCUGUAAAGUGUGGUUAUAAAAUGAUGCUCUUUUAUGUUGUUAACAUAUAAUAUAAACAAAAAUUGAAAUAUUAUGUCAGAGCAGUUAUUAGGUUGCAUCAUCAGCCUAUAAGUCUGUUGUUUCACUUUAACUCGUCACGUUCAUUUACUUGACUUAUUGUUCCUUGGCUGAAAGCAGCCAAUCUUUUGAAUAUUCCAUCUGUAAUAAAUUCAGUUUUGUGAAAAAAA